GAUGUGGCUAUUUAAUAAAAACAAAAUUCUAACAGCGCCAUCUAAUGGCCGAUUCACUCUAAAUGUGGCAUGGAUGCUCAAGCCCCUAUGUGGAACAACUGUGUCAUGUUUGGUUUCAAUCGGAAUAAAUCUUCUUGUUUCGACAGCCCCCUACAGGAAUUUAAAACAGUGCCAUCUAAUGGCCGAUUGCUGCCAACUUUGGCACAGAUGCUAAACCGGCCAUGAGGAACAACCUUGUCACCUUUAGGAUAGUUACAUCAUCUGGGAGAGUCACCUAGUUUCCUGUUCCUAUGUUCAGUAACAUUGAGGAUUGAUGUUAGUUUCAAGAAAUGAUUGUACUAAUUGUAUAACUGUACUGAUGUUGUAGGCUAUGUUAUCAGUUAACUGACAGAUGGAACUUACUUAACCGUGUUUUAAUGCAAACACUUAUUGUAUGUAUAACAUAACUUAAACACAACAUGUCUUUGUGUCAUUGUUAAAUGCAAUACUGCACUCUCUGGUGUUUUAAUAUGGGAAACUAUUUAUUGACAGGGCACCUCUUCCUGUAUUAUUGGUGAGCUCUACCAAUUAAUGUUGCUUUCACACCUGCCUCACAUUUUUAAUGAGAAAAUGAAUCAUUGAAACAGCCUUCAUCUUGUACAACAAACAACAGCACAUUUCUUCUUUUCUUUUCAAGUACAGAAAAGUAUUAUCAGCAAAAUGUAAGUAUCAAAAGUAAAAGUACUCAUUAUGUGACAUAUUAUACUGAACAGUAUCAGAUUAUUUGUACCGAUGCACCACAGCCUAUGACCUGUAACCAGUAAAAAUAUAUAAAUAAUAACAAUACUGCAGAAAUGACAAUGACAGAAAUUGACAGUGACAAUACAGAAAAUGACAAUACUGAAUAAAUGACAAUGACAAUCCAACAUCUGACGUUGACAAAACAUAAAAUAAAACAUAAAAUAUUAUCAGGUAGCUAAAAAAAUAUAAAUAAAAAUAAAAUCUAGGAAUGGUUGUCAAGGAAUUGAGAUCUACAAUCCAGUUAAAGUGCCAGUGUGGAAACUGUACAGCCUUCCUUCUUUCCCUUUCUAAAACAGUUAUAUUGUGCAUAUUAUACAGUAUCUCUUCUGUAGGCCUAUAUAUGUUUAUCACUGUAGCAGUACUUUGCCUUCUUGUUUAUUCCCUUUUUAUCACGUUCACUGCAUGCACCAAAUACACCAAGGCAAAUUCCUUGAAAGUUACUUAAUAAUAUAGAUAGAAUAAAGAUUCUGAUUAGUUCAUUACAUUUGACUGUCCAUGCAAGAAGUUACAGCCUAAACUGACAAAGUUCCAUGAUGAACAAUUUUCUCUUUUCAGAGAUUUGGUUCAGUUAACUGAUGCUCCUUAGUGGGUGGACUGCUUCAUGGUUUGGUGUUUAUUUUUGAAAUUUUUGUGUUUUUUUAUAUUUUUUUUUGUUUUUUUUUUGGGGUCAGAUUCAUUUGUGGUUUCUAUGACGCAUUUCUGCAUCUGUCAAAUGUGCAACUUUGAGUUCCAUGAAGAGAAGACGGCCAUCAGCUGCAGGAGUCUGUUAAACUCCAUCAGCACAGAAACGGUGUUGAUUCACAGAUGGAGGACCAUCUUUUAGAAGAGAAGACAAACACCAACAGCGCAAUGUUGUGCUCAUCUGCUGAGACAGUGACAAAUCCAGAAGGACCAUAUGGUGAGGAGGUGGAGAGUUUAAUGGGAGGACAAAUGGAUCCACAUCAGCUAACCAAAACGGUGAAGAAACCACACCGCUGUGACUGGUAUUUCUCAAAGCACCUGUGUCAUAACCGUAUCCCCGCUGGAGAAAGGCCUCACACCUGUGAGCAGUGCGGGAGGAGUUUCAAACAAUCUGGAAAUUUAAAGAUUCAUCAGCUGACUCAUACUGGAGAGAAGCCCUACACCUGUGAGCAGUGCGGUAAGAGUUUCAGACACUCUGGAACUUUAAAGUAUCAUCAGCGGACUCAUACUGGAGAGAAGCCCUACACCUGUGAGCAGUGUGGUAAGAGUUUCAGACAAUCUGGAACUUUAAAGAUUCAUCAGCUGACUCAUACUGGAGAGAAGCCCUACACCUGUGAGCAGUGUGGGUGGAGUUUCAGACAAUCUGGUACUUUAAAGUAUCAUCAGCUGACUCAUACUGGAGAGAAGCCCUACACCUGUGAGCAGUGCGGUAAGAGUUUCAGACAAUCUGGAAAUUUAAAGAUUCAUCAGCGGACUCAUACUGGAGAGAAGCCCUACACCUGUGAGCAGUGCGGUAAGAGUUUCAGGACCUCUGGAAAUUUAAAGAUUCAUCAGCAGACUCACACUGGAGAGAAGCCCUACACCUGUGAGCAGUGUGGGAAGAGUUUCAUUAAACGUAACUCUUUAAAGAUUCAUCAGCAGACCCAGACUACAGAGAAGCCCUACACCUGUGAGCAGUGUGAUAAGAGUUUCAGACACUCUGGGACUUUAGAGGAUCAUCAGUGGACCCACACUGGAGAAAAUCCCUACAUCUGUGAGCAGUGCAGGAAGAGUUUCAGACAAUCUGGAACUUUAAAGAAACAUCAGCAGACUCACGCUGGAGAGAAGCCCUACACCUGUGAGCAGUGUGAAUAG